UUUGUGAGAGAGCGGCUGCUAGAGAGUCUCAGAGAGACCCAGGAGAGUCUCGGCACGGCACAGCUACGUCUGCGAGAGCUGGGUCACGAGAAGGACUCGCUACAGAGACAACUCUCCAUCGCACUGCCACAGGAGUUUGCAGUGUUGACCAAAGAGCUGAAUGUAUGUCGGGAGCAGCUGCUGGAGAGAGAGGAGGAGAUUGCUGAGCUCAAGGCGGAGAGGAACAAUACACGGCUGCUGCUGGAGCAUCUGGAGUGUCUGGUGUCUCGUCAUGAGCGUUCUCUGAGGAUGACUGUGGUGAAGAGGCAGGCUCAGUCUCCUGCUGGAGUCUCCAGCGAGGUGGAGGUGCUCAAGGCCCUCAAGUCCCUGUUCGAACACCAUAAAGCCCUGGACGAAAAGGUGCGUGAGAGAUUGCGUGUGGCUUUAGAGAGAGUUGCCGUUCUAGAGGAAGAGCUGGAAGCAUCCACAAAUGAGGUUCUGUCUUUACGGGAUCAGAUUAAAAGGAGAGAACGGGGUUUGGACAAUGGAAAGGAGCGGCUCCCGAACGGCCCCUCCUCCAUCUUGGAUGAUGGCGAGAUUGACAGACAGAGAGAGGGAGAGAUAGAGAGACAGAGAGCAGAGCUUUCACAGUUAAAAGAAAGACUGGCGCUCAUGUGCAGACAGGUUGGAGAGAUCGAGGAACAGCUCACUACCGCCAGAAGGGAAUUAGCUAAAUCUGAGGAAGCCAAUCAGAAGCUUCAGAGGGACGUGAAAGAGGCGCUGUGUCAAAGAGAGGACAUGGAGGAAAGAAUUACCACCUUAGAGCGCAGGUACCUUAGUGCCCAGAGGGAGGCAACCUCUCUCCAUGACAUCAAAGACAAGCUGGAGAACGAGCUUGCCAGCAAAGAGUCUUUAUACAGACAGAGCGAAGAGAAGAACAGGCAGCUCCAGGAGCGUCUAGACGAUGCUAAACAGAAGCUGCAGCAAACCCUCCAGAGGGCCGAGACGCUGCCCGAGAUCGAGGCUCAGCUCGCCCAGAGGGUGGCGGCACUUAACAAGGCAGAGGAGCGUCAUGGCAACUUUGAGGAGCGACUGAGACAGUUAGAGGCACAACUUGAAGAGAAAAAUCAGGAGCUACAGAGGGCGAGGCAGAGGGAGCGGAUGAAUGAUGAACACAACAAGCGUCUCUCUGACACGGUGGACAAGCUUCUGUCGGAGUCCAAUGAGAGACUGCAGCUGCACCUGAAGGAGAGAAUGGCUGCCCUGGAGGAGAAGAACGCUCUCUCUGAGGAACUCGCUAACAUGAAGAAGAUCCAAGAUGAUCUCUUAGCGAACAAGGAUCAGCUGAUUGCAGAGCUGGAGAGGCUUCAACUAGAGCUGGACCAGCUGAGAGGAAGACCUGGUUCCUCUUACUCACGGUCUCUGCCAGGAAGUGCUCUGGAGCUGAGGUACUCCCAGGGAAGUGGGUCACUUCCUGCUGGCUCCACCACCCACCUAGAUCAUUAUGGAAACACAGGCACAGGAGGUGUGGUCAGACGGGCUCAUCGUGGACGCUGGGGCGGGGCAAGGGAGGACGCUAGCAAAUACGGUGAUUGGGACAGCGGAGCUUUGCUGGGCACUGGGUUCGAGGGCGGCGUGGAGGACAGGUGUUCUGAUGAUGAAGAGGAUCGCGAGACGCUCUUCGGAUCGGAGCUGCUGUCACCAAGCGGUCAGACAGAUGUGCAGACUCUCGCUAUCAUGUUGCAGGAGCAGCUGGAGGCCAUCAACAAAGAGAUUAAGCUGAUUCAGGAAGAGAAGGAGAGCACAGAGCUUCGUGCUGAAGAAAUCGAGAGCAGAGUCAGCAGCGUGGCUCUGGACGGCCCUCCUGUCCCCCCGACCUCUCUGGGGCGGGACAGCACAGGGCGUGGCUUCAUCCCCCCAUCCCUAACGUCCUCCACCCUGGCAUCGCCCUCUCCACCCAGCUCCGGGCACUCCACUCCUCGCCUGCCCCACUCCCCAGCCCGUGAGACAGACAGACAGAACAACAAAGAUGACGACAGGUCCCUGGCCCUUUUGGAUUCCACCCCUCCUCCCACCCCUCGUGCACUGCGAUUGGACAGGAUGACACACACCCAUCCUGGUGCAAUGUUGGAUGACAGUCGUGAGUUCCGCAGCCUCUCAGCUGAUGGCAGCAGCUCAAACAGCAGCCAGGACUCCCUCCACAAGGCCAGCAAAAAGAAAAGCAUCAAGUCUUCCAUCGGCCGGCUCUUUGGGAAGAAGGAUAAGGUCAGAAUGGGUCAGUCUGGACGUGAGUCAGCAUCUCUGGCCUCGACCCCCUCAGAUGACCUGGGCUCUGUGGAUCCUCUCGGACUCACUAAGAUGGCUGGUCCGGUGGACAAGGACCGUCGCAGCAAGAAGAAGCAUGAGCUGUUGGAGGAGGCAUGCCGACAGGGGCUACCCUUUGCAUCCUGGGAUGGACCCACUGUUGUCUCCUGGCUAGAACUGUGGGUGGGCAUGCCAGCAUGGUACGUGGCAGCCUGUCGUGCUAACGUGAAGAGUGGAGCCAUCAUGGCUAACCUGUCAGACACAGAGAUCCAGAGAGAGAUCGGCAUCAGUAACCCUCUGCACCGCCUCAAACUGAGACUGGCCAUUCAGGAGAUGGUGUCCCUGACCAGCCCCUCGGCCCCGGCCAGCACACGCUCUUCAACCAGCAAUGUGUGGAUGACCCAUGCUGAGAUGGAGUCCCUGAAUGCAGCAACCAAACCAGAGCUGAAAGAGAUUAGCUGGGAUCAGAUCCUGGCUUAUGGAGAUAUGAACCAUGAGUGGGUGGGCAAUGAUUGGCUGCCCAGUCUGGGUUUGCCCCAGUACAGAAGCUACUUCAUGGAGUCACUGGUGGACGCCCGCAUGUUGGACCAUCUGACCAAGAAAGAGCUGCGUGGGCAGCUGAAAAUGGUGGACAGUUUCCACAGGGUGAGCCUGCAUUAUGGCAUCAUGUGCCUGAAGCGCCUGAAUUAUGACCGCAAGGAGCUGGAGAGGAGGAGAGAUGAGAGCCAGCACCAGAAUAAAGAUGUGAUGGUGUGGUCAAACGAGCGUGUGAUGUGCUGGGUGCAGUCCAUCGGCUUGAAGGAGUAUGCAGAUAAUCUGACUGAGAGCGGUGUGCAUGGUGCCCUGCUUGCCCUGGACGACACCUUUGAUUACACUGACCUCGCCCUGCUCCUGCAGAUACCCAAUCAGAACACACAGGCACGACAACUUCUGGAGAAGGAAUAUAACUCUCUCAUCGCCAUGGGAACAGAGAGGAGGCCAGAUGAGGAUGGCACUAAGACGUUCACCCGCUCCCCUUCAUGGAGGAAGAUGUUCCGGGAGAAAGAUCUGAGGGGCGUGACCUCUGACUCCUCAGAGACCUUGCCUGCUAACUUCCGUGCCUCAGCCAUCUCUACCCCCUCAGUCACCCUGAGGAAGGUCCAGAGUGAUGCAUCUCCAAGGGCAGAGUCUGGCUCAGUGAGGACCUACUCCUGUUGAGGGACUGCAAAGGAGGCGCUGUUGUCAGGGAGCUGGAACCGGCUUUACAUUUCAUUCUCGGGGAGGAGGGGGGAUAAGCAGAA